UGCAGGAGAAGACGGGAGGAUGUGUUGAAUGGAUGAUGGAGGGUGUUGUUUGUUGUUGCAGUUCAGUGUUACUAACAACAGUACUUUGAACACGAAGAAAAUUUUGUUAAUGUAGGAAUACGUUUCGCUUACAGUCACUUUUAAGAGCACAAAAUUACGCUCGGUAGCAAACAAGCACGACUCGCGCCGAGCAACGUUAAUUAGGUUAGUUAACUAAGCUAACCUAGGUUAGCUGUCUGAGCUAAGAAUAAUAACAGACUGUGUUGCCUGUCGUCCAAAGAAAAGAUGCCGUUGGGUUUAAAGCCGUGCUGUGCUGUCUGCAAGACCAACUCGUCGUCCAUGUGGAAGAAGGGAAACCAGGGAGAAAUUCUCUGUAACAACUGCACAUCUAAAAGCAGCAUCACCGGAGGCUCGGGGCUGUCGGCCUCUUCCACCACCCAGCAGAAUAAUGGCGGGGGAAAACAGUCUAAGCAAGAGAUUCACAGGCGGUCAGCACGCCUAAGAAGCACCAAAUACAAGGCGCCUGCGUCCGAGAAGAAAGUCUCAACUAAAGGAAAAGGAAGACGGCACAUUUUUAAACUAAAAAACCCUAUCAAAGCUCCUGAGUCUGUGUCCACAAUCAUCACUUCAGAGUCAAUCUUCUACAAGGGUGUUUAUUAUCAAAUAGGAGAUGUCAUAAAGGUAAUAGAUGAAGAGGAUGGUAAACCUUAUUUUGCACAGAUUCGUGGUUUUGUUCAGGAUCAGUACUGCGAAAAGAGUGCUGCAUUAACCUGGCUAAUCCCUACCCAGUCCAGUCCAAGGGAGCAGUUUGAUCCUGGCUCUUACAUAGUUGGUCCAGAGGAGGAUUUGCCAAGGAAAAUGGAAUACCUUGAAUUUGUCUGCCAUGCUCCAUCAGAGUAUUUCAAGUCAAGAAGUUGUCCUUUUCCAACAAUACCCAUUCGUCCAGAGAAAGGCUACAUUUGGACCCAUAUUGGACCUACACCUGCUGUUACAAUCAAAGAAACAGUUAGUUGCAGUUAAGUGCAAACAUCUUUAAAAUUUUAUAUUAUGAACAGAGACUAAGAGUUAAAUAUUCAAUUAAGGAAAAGAUUGUUCCUUUCCCAGUCAAAGGAAAAAAGGUCUUUUUAUGACUUGCAAAUUCGUUCCGCUUAAUUUAAUGGUAGCCUUACAUUAAAGGCUUCUCCAUGAUCCCAUUCUGGGCAGGUAAAGACUAACGUUUGUCUGGCAUACAUGGCAGUCAGCGUCCAUAUUUUGGAGUUAUUGACUGUAUAGCAUCGUGAAGUACCUCAGCAUCGUCAGAGAAGAAUGUGAAGUGUCGUACUCUAACACAUGACAAAGCGAAUGUCAAGUUGGUUGGUACGACGCUUAAUGACUGUGAAGAGUGGAAUCCUGUUGACUUUGCCGAGGAGCAAGGUCAGUUGUGUUGUAGAAGACAUCAUCCUUGUCUGAAGCAUGGCACAGUUUAGAACAGUAACAGCACCUCUAUGCUGGGUGUCUAGACGAACAUUUACAUUUGUAAAUAUUGUAAUGUAUGUAAAUCGUUCUUUAGAAAAUAAACAUUCACAGAAAUGUCUCUGGGAUUGUCAUUAGUGAAUGGUCUGCAAAUGAUAGGGUUAUCAUUUUUGCCCAAAAAUUGUACUUUCCUUUUGUUGGGGUAUACUAUUUUUCCUUCAAAGUAUUAAUCCCUCAAGAAACCGCUUCCAUCACUUUAGGCACUUGCAGUACAGACAAAUAGUAAAACUGUACAGUUUUACAAGUUAUUUCAUUGUCAUUGGUCACUGGCAUAAUAGAAGAUUAGAUAUGAGCUUGAAAGGAAAAUGUCCCUAGUUGUCUUGUACCUUGGCUAGGCUGUUUCUGUCUAUGUGUCCGGUUCCAGAUGAAGACUGAAUUGCAGAUGCUGACUCUGACAUUUGCCUGACAGUAUUCCACACCAUUAGGAUUUUAUGGGCCCAAUUGCAAAAAGAAAUGAAUGCCCCCAAUAUGAAAAUUACCUUCAAUAAAAAAAAAAAAUUACAAUGUAAUUUGAUUUUUCACUUGCUAUUGUUAUAUCGUAAGUUGGUGCUUUCAAGGCGUGCCAUUCCACCACAAGCAUCUACUAUUAAGUUAAAUCUAAAUCUUUACGUUGGACUACUUGUUUAAGAUUUUGGAAUUAUAAGUAAUGAAUAUGAAGAUCAUGUUACAGGUGGUCAAGGAGCUGUUUGAAAACAGUUACCACUGAUGAAAUGCAUUAUUGUCUAUGUAGUAUUGAUGGAUGCUAAUUAAUGAGGUAUGUUAAUAAAUUGGAUUUUCUGUCACGGGUGUACAGUUACUAAAGAA